AUGGCCUCGAACCUCACAUCGUUCCCUCCUUCCUAUAUAGCGGAGACGACAGGGCCGCGCCUCAUUGCCAUAGCUAGUGUAUUCAUAGCCUUAGAUGCCAGCAUCGUCGCCCUUCGUUUCGCUACUCGUAUGACCCAUAAGGCAAAACUAGGGGUCGACGAUUAUAUAAUUAUUCCGGCUUUGGUAUUCUCCUUGGGCAUGUGUGUCAUUUCAAUCGUCGAAGUGAAGAUCGCAGGUGUCGGACGUCACUUGCCCGUCUUAUACAUCGAAGAUCCGCAAGCCGUGGUGAAUUGGGCCAAAUGUGGUUACGCAAUAGAAGAGAUAUAUUGUGCUGCAGUUGCUAUCCCUAAACUCUCCAUCCUAGCAUCAUAUCUGCGCAUCCUUACCGCUAAGCCUUACCGGAUUUCGACCUAUAUUAUCGGAGGCAUCGUCAGUGCGAAUGCAAUAGCAGGAAUAAUAACAUCGCUUGCCUCCUGUCGGCCUUUUUCCGCUCGUUGGGACAUAAAUCUAUCUACCUCCAACUGUCUUGAUGCGCCACGCUUCUGGCAGGGCAUAAACAUUCCCAGCAUCGCCACCGACGUGAUGAUGUUGCUAUUGCCAUUACCAACCAUAUGGGGCCUUCAUAUUGAUAAGAAGCAGAAGAUUGCCCUCUCAGGGGUUUUCCUUCUUGGAAGUUUCGGGAUGAUUGCUUCCAUCAUUCGCCUUGUCGUUACUUUCCGAGUGACUGCUUUGAGUGACGGUACGUGGGAUUCUGCCGACAUCGCGACUUGGUCUCUUGUAGAAUCAAGUUGCUAUUUGAUUGCGGCUUGUCUUCCAGCGCUACGACCGCUCUACUUGGGUGUAAUAAAUACGUUGAAGUCACUUAGCCCUUACUCCACAACGCAAGGGCAAAGCUCUUCGGGGCUGGAUAGCUCUGCCAACCCUAGGAGACAUCUCGAUAUUGAAAUGAAUCCAUAUCGACGGAUAGGGCCACUAGGAGAAGAGGCAUAUUGUCCCGAAUAUUCCUCAAAGGCCGGUCAAGUUCCACCGACAGUUGCGACACCAGUUCAUGCCUUUGACGAUUCGCCUCACGUUAAAUAUUAA